ACAGUGGGAAAGUGUGUACGUUUGUCUGUUUGUUUGUGUUGUUGUUGUUGUUGUCGCCAUGGUUUUCCUCAGGAGGACGUCGCUGCUCCGCUGCCUGCUGUUGUCGGCCAUGUUGGCUCUGUUCCUCUUUGUCAGCUCUUUGUGGCUUCCUCAGGGCGGAGCCAGAGACUGCGGCUCCGCCUGGCAACCAUGUUUCAAUUUUUACCAAACACCUGAACCUCCACUGGUUCCUCAGGAGUGGGUGGAGUAUGGCGAAGCCCCGCCCCUCAUAAAGGAUUGUCCUGGCCAGUCGUUUCAGGUCCGUCGUCUUCUGCUGCAUUUAAAGUCCAGUCUGUCCAGUGACAACGACGACGACGUCCUGCUGGAGCCGUAUCUGCAGAGCUGGGAUCAACUGCUCAGGUUCAUGGAGUCUCUGGGGACGAUGGUGAGUUUCUUCUCUCAGAAAGUCAGCGACAAAGUCUCUCUGAUCCGAGAGCUGUCACUCAAACACGCCGCAGAGGAUCAUGGGAAACGCGACGCCGCCAACCGAACGCCGUCACCUGGACUGAAACACGGCGCCUUUCGCUCGGUGCGGUCGAUGGUGGAGGCGGAGCUAAAGGCGGGCGCGGUGGACUUCACCCGCCGCUCAGACUCGGGCUGUCGGACGCUGCUGAGGCUCCAUCGCUCUAUGCUGUGGCUGAAGCUGAUGUUGGACGGUUUGGCCCAAGGACCGGACGCAGACGGACGGUUCAAAACCCCCGGAGAGCUGAGCAGAGACGCCUACAUGGUAGCGUUGGCGCCGCACCACCACUGGGUGCUGCGUCAGGCGGCCGAGUUCGUCUUCCUCGCCCUCCCGGAGAGAAGCUACUUCCUGCAGCUGGUGUGCGUAAACAGCCAGGAGGAGGCCACGCCCAUUCUGCGCAUCAUGAUUCGCGCGCUGGCGCGGGUUCACCAGCGGACGCAGCGGAUACUGAGCGAGUUCGACAUGCUGGAGCUGCCGUGA